AUGAGUCAACUGCCGUACGACAUAAAACUCAAGUGUGGAAAAGCGAAGAAGGGCCAGGACAACAGCGCGGCGCUCGAUUUCCGAUCGCUUCUGAAACACGUCGGAGCAUUCUCAAAGAAGAUGGCUCAUUCUCUUUCCUUCACCGUCGGCGACCGAAUAAUGCUAGAAGUUGAAACCUCAAACGAAGUCACCAAGGGCGAGUGGCAAAAGGCCGGAAAGAAGGUUUGCGAGAACAACCGAAUCCGCAUCAUCCAACAGGGUUGCCGAAGAAGAUUGAUCAUCGACAGCUGUAUUUUGUCCGACGAUGCGAAUUUCUCCUACGUCUGUGGAACUGAACGCUCAGACUGCGAAGUCUUCGUUCGCGAUCUUCCCUGCACCAUCAUCGUUCCUCUUGAAGACACGCAAAUGAUCGUCGGUCAGCAAGUCAUCAUGACCGCAAAGCUUUCCGUUGCUGGCGCAAAAGCGAGACUUUUCCACGAGGGCUCGGAAGUGAAGAUGAGCAAAGACGUCACCUACUUCGUCAAAGAUAAACUAUUCGAGUUCCGAAUCGACAAGCUCAAAUACGACCACGCUGGUUUCUAUCAAUUGAAAACCAAUGGCGAUGAAUGCCUAGCCGAGUUGAUCGUAGAAGACAAGCCAAUCGACUUCUCUUCUGGUUUUUCCGAUCUUACUGUCAACUGCACCGAGUAUGCGGAAUUCAAAUGCCAGGUUAAUGAUCCUGAAAUCGAAGGAAGAUGGUACAAAGAUGGAAUUCCAAUCGUCGAAAGUGAGAGAAUCAAGUUCGUAAACGACGGAUGCUUGAGAAAAAUCUGCAUUUACGAUGUCCGAACCAGCGACAUUGGCGAAUACGAGUAUCGAUGCAAAUCUGGCAAGACCGAACUUUCGAUGACUGCUUGUUUGGAUGCGAUCGAACUUGUUGUUGAAAAACCAAAGGAACCACCGAAAAUCUAUUUGAACUUGAAUGAGAAUCGCGAGAAUCUUUUCGCAAUGUUCGUUGAAUCCGCCUCGAUUGAAGACUUCUCGGUUGUUGCUGUCGAACUCUCCGAAGAAAUUCGAUUUGAGUACAUUUGCGAGCUUGCCGACCGGUCGCUUGAACAACUUGCAGCUGAUGUUGCAAAGAAAACUUGGGAAGAACUGCAAUCAACCGCCCGGACCAUUUGCAAUUCACUUGCUCAGGUUGCAACUGAAGACCCUGAUUUCGUUUUCCCGCAGAAUCAUUGGCACGGCGAGAAGAAAAAGGCGUACGAUCGAAAUGUGGGUGUUCUUCGAAAAGCGCUUCGUAAACUUCCAGAAGAUGGAGUUGUUAGACUCAUUCGUGUGUCUGUCGACAAGGAACCUUCUCAAUCAAGAAAGCGCAAAACAACAACGAUUCGUGAUCUGCCUGAUGUUGACGAACUAACAAUCGAUUCAUUCGCUUUCCUGGAAGACAAACUGAACAAACACCAGCUGAACGCGAUUUUGAUGAUUGCGAACGCACAAUCUUCUUCGUUUCGAGAACUUCAGCUGAGAAAAGUCGCGGAGAUUUGUAACGAGACGCCGCCUACCCUAACUGAAGAAGAGACCUUGUCAUCUCAACUCGAGGAAGUUGUGAUUUCUCAACCGACUUCAUCAUAUUCUCAAGAGCUGCCAAAAGAAAAGGUGUCUUCAAUCAUCGACCGAGUUGAUCUGAAAGAAAGUUGCCUGCUUCUGAGCACCGAGAAGAAUAUCGCGCCAGCGGUCAUCAAUGAUGUAAUCGUUGAAGUUUUCCAGAACAUCCCUGAUGCAAUCAUCGAGCCUUUUACUGAUCGAUCUUUGCGAAAUCAUCUCCCGCUCGUCCAGCCACUUCAGCAUCAACAAGAAAUUGUUUUUAUCGAAGAGGCAACAAGUUUAUCGAUUGGCCUCGACAGUACCACCAUCAGUGGGAUCGAGUACAGCAGCCUUACGAUUUUGUCAAGCGACGGAGACUCGCUGUUUUGGGAUAUCAAGAAGGUUGCUGACCAUUCUGGCGCUACCGUUGCUGAUCAGUUCAACUCGAAGAUGAAAGAGUAUCCGGAAGAUAUUCAACGACUGAUCGCUGAAAAGACUCAAAGCCUUCACAGCGACAGGGCUCCAGCAGCGAAGAAAAGUGUGGAAAUUAUCAAAAAAUCACUUGAUAAAGUCUGCGCUCGAGAUCGAGUCUACAUACCUUGCAGCAUGCACAUCCCGUUGAACUGCGAAAAGGGUCUUCGAGCUUCGAUGCCAAAGGAUAUCCUCGAUCAAGUGGCCCUUCUAGAGAAAGUUUUAUCAUCCCAUCGCCUGCAUCAAACGAAAUCCUCCAAGGGAGCUGACUUCUUGACAUUCCUGAAAGCGAAGAAGCUAGGAUCCGAAAAUGUUCUUCUCGAAUCUCUUGCACUCUACUCCAAUGUCAGAUUCUCCGUCUUCGCGAAAAACCUCGAAAACGUACUGAUCAAUCUGCCUUACAUUGAAGAGUUCUUGUCACGAGAAGGCCACAAAACAACUUCGAAGUUCAUCACUGACAACAAACAAAGGUUCCAAGUCGAACUUCUCGCGGCGAUCUUUGUCUACAAAAACGUCGUUGCUCCUUGGUGGGAAAAAGUUCGAGCGAAAUCUGAUGUCGAGUACUAUGAAACGCUCAAACAAGAGCUUGACCUCACUUUCGAAGGCAUCAUCAGUGCUGCAAGUCCUUUCAUCGUCGUGAGGAGCAAGAGCAAAAAUCUGAUGUUGCAGAAUGACGGAGAAACCACCUUGUUCAAGGCAGUUGCUGACUCCAUUCAGAAGAACAACUUCAAAGAACUGAACGACGCGAUCAAGUCGAAGGCAGAACUGGUGAAAAAUGUGUUCCACAGAUUCCGUAUCCAAGACGACACGACUCCUCUUAUCGGUGAAGUGACAUGGACAAAUCAGCUUGCCGAAAUGUCAAUGGGUGCUCUCAAAAGGAUCUAUGGAAUCAGAUUCAACCUGAAUCAUGAGAAUCUUGCUCUUGCCGGCAAGUCGAGUUACAACCGACCGAUCUCUUUCUGGCGCGAGCGCGAUGCUUCGAAGAUCGAGCAAGUUUUCAAACGCGGGACGCUCAAACGGCUUUCAGAUGCGCGCAAACGACGCAAAGAGUCCGCGGAUGCAGCCCAAAUUGAAGCUGAAAUCAAAAGGCAGAAAAAGCACAAAGAGGAAACAGAGCGAGAAACAAAACUUCUUGCUGACAUUCACGAUUACAUCCCAAUGAAUCUUGAUUCGGCUCACUUCAAACAAAUGAAAAAAGCAUUUGACCGUAAAGCGAAAGUGACGACUUCAGCAAAAGAAUUCCGCGCCCUUUGCAUCAUGAAAAUGCGUGAAUGCUUCGACUUACGACAGAAUAAAGAAGCAGGCGCAUGGGAAGACAAAAAUCCUUCAAGCAAGGAGAUUGAUGCAUACAACUCUUACUUGCUGAUUUUUAGAAAAUAA